AUGUCGAACAAGCGGCAGCAGUGCGAGCUUGAGCACUGCCCCUGCUGCCAGUGCCACCGCGCGGCCAAGCGUUUCAAGCAGCAGAAGAAGCAUCUCUAUCUCAUUCUGGAUGAUUGGGAGAGGGGAUACAGCGUCUACAAGGUCGAUGUCGACGCCUUCGACCCCUCCGACGCUGGGCCGGAGCCCCUCCCCGAGCACCCGGUUGUCCGCUUCGAGGCCCGUCACGGCCGCUCCUGCAGCCUCUACCUUCUAAGAGGAGGCCACUUCGACAUGCUCAGCGCCGUGGCGCCACCGCCUGACAGCACGUACCCAGAAGACUCGGGGUGGUCGUGGAGCCGAGUCGGCUCUCCCCCGCCCUUUGACCACUGUGACCGCAUAUGGUCCUUCGUGCUGCACCCCGACGGGCGCACGCUCUUCGUCUCCCAUGAACGGAGCACGUUCUCCUUCGACACGGAGAGCAAGCAGUGGGCGUCGCACGGCACUUGGUUCCUGCCGUUCAAAGGCGAGGCGUACUUCGACGCCGAGCUGGACGCCUGGGUGGGCCUCUGCUGCCAUGAGGGCGGCGUAGGCUACCUCUCCUGCUCCGACGUCGCGCCGGCUCCGGCCGACGUCAGGAGCCUGCCCGCCUGGAAGCUCGGCAAGGACCAGCUGUUCGACGCGAAGUCCAGGAGGCACCUUGGGGCCACGCUCGUGUGUAUGGGCAGCAGCAGGUACUGCCUGGUUGAGUCGCUGGCGCGCGACGACGAGGAGGAUCUGCGGCGCCUCCACGAUGAUGGCUACUACCCGCAUCGCCGCGUGCUCGCGGUCACCACGUUUGGUCUGGAGUACGAUGGACAAGGACACCUCGUGACUACACAGCGCAAGGUGCGGUCCUACGAGAUGACCGAUGCUCAUCAGCUUCCUGAUCCGCAUUGGAAGCCUGUUGCUUUCUGGAUGUAA